GUGGCACAUCCAGCACAACUAGGUUUUCAAAAUGCAGCCUCUCCUAUUAUAGAAGAGCUCCUCCACUUUCAUGAUCAUGCACUAAUAAUUGUCUUCUUAAUUAGCGCUCUAGUUCUAUACAUUAUUAGCCUAAUAUUAUCAACAAAACUUACCCAUACUAACACAAUAGAUGCCCAGGAAGUAGAAAUAAUCUGAACCAUUCUUCCCGCAAUUAUCUUAAUUAUAAUUGCACUUCCCUCCCUUCAAAUCCUUUACCUCAUAGACGAAGUCAACAACCCCCACCUUACUAUUAAAGCUAUCGGACACCAGUGAUAUUGAAGCUAUGAGUACACAGACUACGAAAACCUGUUAUUUGACUCAUAUAUAAUCCCAACAUGCGACCUACUACCUGGAAACUUUCGCCUAUUAGAGGUAGAUCACCGAGUUGUAAUUCCUACAGAAUCACCAAUCCGAAUUUUAAUUUCAGCAGAAGAUGUUCUACACUCAUGAGCAAUUCCAACACUUGGUAUUAAAACAGACGCAGUCCCAGGUCGACUAAACCAAACAACCUUAAUUACAUCCCACCCAGGUUUAUUUUAUGGCCAAUGUUCAGAGAUUUCUGGCUCAAAUCAUAGCUUUAUACGCAUUGUAGUAGAAUCAACACCUCUAAAAUACUUUGAAGACUGAUCUAAACUUAUAGUAAGCUCAU